AUGAAGGCCUUCCUAGCGCUUUCAAUUUACGUUCUUGGCAGCUCCCUAUUGCCUGCUGUCACAGCAGCCCCAACGUCAAGAGUUGUACGAGCGCCGACUUCUCCCGCACGAUCUGGAUUAGUCCAGCGACAGCAGCCUUAUAUCGAAGGUCAGCAACUUUCUCAGGAAUGUCAGACAGGAAGCGGCAACGCUCUCGGAAACUGCACGUUUUACGACGAUUAUAACGAUGCUGAGACUACCCAAUGCCAAACUGCAUGCAGCGUUAACAACGGCUUGUGUUACUACAUUAUUGCAAAUGGCGUGACAACAUGCUACUAA